GAAUCCUCUCUCUCUUUCUCUCCGAUCUCUGUUCACAAUCUUCGGAAACUCCAUUCCGCUUUGUUUUUGAAAGAAAAGAUGAGAAAGGAGGAGACGGUGAAGCUGAUAAGUGCGGAGGGAUUUGAAUUUGUGAUAGAUAAGAAAGCAGCGAUGGUCUCUCAUACCAUCCGCAACAUGCUCACCUCUCCAGGGAGCUUUUCCGAGACACAGCACGGGGAAGUCACGUUUCCGGAAAUCAGCACUACGAUUCUCGAGAAGAUCUGCCAGUAUUUCUACUGGUCCUUGCAAUUUGCUAGUGGCAAAGAGACUGAGUUCCACAUUGAACCUGAAAUGACUUUAGAGUUGAUGAUGGCUGCCAAUUACCUUCACACUUGAGAGACGUACCAGUUCUUAGUGCUUCGUGGGCAGCAUCUUGCUAAGCACCGGAUGCCAAAUGAUGAAAAGCUCAAGCACAACACCAUGACAUUUGGUUUUGAUUUGACUUGUCUGCUCUCUCUGCUAUGCCACAAUUGUAUCAGUUUGGCCUUCUUUGAUGUGGUUACUCAUAGACAUCGUACAAUAAAGGGGACUAAUGUAGACAACUGACUGCAUAUUUCUAUGAAUGUAACAUGUUCUAGCUUUGCGAAAUCAAUGGCUAGACUUCUCUUGUUUCA